AGCCUUCAGCCGGCCGCAUUUAAGACGCAGGGCGCACGGUCCUGGCCAGCUGCACUACCCAGAAGCGGACCGCGAGGGGCUCAGGAGGGACGAAGGAGCCACCCGAGAGCAGAAGCAGUCCCGCACGGCAGCGCACGAUGCUGCUCGCCACGUUUAAGCUGUGUGCUGGGAGCUCCUACAGACAUGUGCGCAACAUGAAGGGGCUAAGACACCAGGCUGUGCUGGCCAUCGGCCAGGAGCUGAAUCGGAGGGCCCUGGAGGGCCCCAGCCCCCAUGUAUGGAUCAGCCAGGUGCGCAGGGGGAGCUCCCUGCUGGGCUCCCGACUGGAGGAGGCUCCCUACAGCGACCAGGAGCUGGCCUACAUCCGGCAGGGAGAGGAGGCCAUGCAGAAGGCCCUGGGCAUCCUCAGCAGCCAGGAGGGCUGGAAGCAGGAGAGCCUGCAGCCCAACGGGGACAAAGUGCUGAGUAAGAUGGUCCCGGAGGUGGGCAAGGUGUUCCGGCUGGAGGUGGUGGUGGACCAGCCCAUGGACAGGCUUUACGAAGAGCUGGUGGACCGCAUGGAGGCAACCGGGGAGUGGAACCCCAACGUCAAGGAGAUCAAGGUCCUGCAGAAGAUCGGCAAAGACACGGUCAUCACACACGAGCUGGCUGCAGAGACGGCGGGAAACCUCGUGGGCCCCCGCGACUUCGUGAGCGUGCGCUGUGCCAAGCGCCGCGGCUCCACCUGCGUGCUGGCCGGCAUGGCCACACACUUCGGGGCAAUGCCCGAGCAGAGAGGCGUCAUCAGGGCCGAGCACGGGCCCACCUGCAUGGUGCUUCAUCCCCUGGCCGGGAGUCCCUCCAAGACCCAGCUCACCUGGCUGCUCAACAUUGACCUCAAGGGAUGGCUGCCCAAAACCAUCAUCAAUCAGGUCCUGUCUCAGACCCAAGUGGACUUUGCCCAGCACCUGCGCAAGCGCCUGCAGUCCAGCCCCGCCCCCGAAGCCCGGGCUUAGCCCAGCCUGCUGUGUCCGCUGCAUUGGCUUCCUGCCCAGCCCGUCGGAAGUUCCUGUCGGAAGCCUGCUUGUCUAAGACCCUCUCUGGACACUGGGCCAGGGUAGUAGGGUUGGGGUGUACUAGGACUCAGAUUGGCCAAAGUUUCAGUACUGAGAAACGGGGAUGGACUCUUAGAGGGCCCCCUACACUGACCAGCUGUAAGGAACGUUAGGGUGCCUCGGAUCUCUGUAAGCCUUCCUUCCUGGGCCAGUGGACGCUCACCUGGACAUUUAAAACAUGCUAGUGGGGGAUCUGGGGGGCCCUAGCAGCCUGCCUCUCCUCCCCCAAUGGGUACAAUAUCACCAAAAGCAGGCAGCCGUCCUCAGGGGACCUUCCAUAAGGAGACUCCAAGUUCUCUCUGUUAAACCAUCGACGAUUAAGCUGAAUUCCCUACUUCCUCCACAACUAGUCAGAACAAAGAAUCGUAACCAACAAAUAACCUGCUCACCAAAUCUUUGAGCGGGUACAGACCUGCUUUAAAAUUACACUCCUUUUAAAGAAAAAGAUAAACUAUUCUAGUAGACUGCAACUUCAUACUAGAGUCCUAGACAGAUUUUAAUUAAACUAACUUCUCUGGCUCAUUAAAAGGCAGGGAACUGCUGAGGAUUUCUCUCAGUUGUGUUGAUGUUACCAGAAUCUCUCCUAAAACUUGCUUCUUAGAGAACUGGUAAGCGAUUAUGAGUAAGAAAGACGGAGAGCUCAAUGGAGGAUUGUAUUUCUCUAAGGCUAGCCAGCCCUGCCCUGAGUGGGCGUCAGCACGAGCACGGCAACACCAUUUCUGUUCACGAUGCCUGUUGGCCGUGAGAAUUCCACGGCUGCCGACAACUUCUCUGCUGAUCUGAAAGGCUUUGAGUUUUAUUUGGGGAGGGGAAGUGGCCGGAAGAAGGGGUAAUAUGGAGACAGCAACCCCCUUUGCCAGGAUUUAGAGAAUUUCUGCUUUGAAAAUAUAAACUGGGACAGGAGGAAAAAGAUGAGCGUUAUCACCAGGAGCUUCCCGCCCAGCCUGGACAGCAGCGCCGACUACUCCCUUUGGAGGUCGAGCUCCGGCUAUUUACUGGGCAGUGCAGCGGCAGUGGGAAGGUGGCACUGACGGAGGUAGGAAAACACCCCAGCUGGUAGAGCUGUUUAUUCUAACUUACUCGACAGUAUUAGCCUACCUUCGGCAUGGAACCUGAUUACCCAGAACACCCGUCAGAGAGGACGGUUGCAGGGAAGUAUCUGCCGAACAGCACUGUCAUCCACUACCAGCUGAGACGGCUACUGUGUGAAGACACGGUCAAGCAACAGAGCAACAGAUACUAUGGUUUGAAGAGAACUGACAGGACCGGCCCCACAGUGCCGACCAUGCUUCACACCCCAGUCCAGUGGCUGGGCAAACAUGCCGGGCACAUAUGCAUGAUGCCCAGAGUCCCAAUGGGAAGAGGACUGUAGUGUGGCCACACCCACUCAGGGUGCUUUCUCUCGGGAAACCAGGCUGACCGUGAAGAAAUGGGUUCCAACAAACAUGCUCUCAGGCUGAUUUACAUUCACCUCCUUCAAAUUGUGUAACUGUGUCUUAGUGGCAUCUGGGAUGUAUUUCCCACGUAUUAAUUUUAUAUUAGAAUAAAUAAACAAGUUGGCACUGAU